AUGUCACUCCAACAUUAUUAUUAUCUUUUUCAGGCUAGUCCCAAUGCUGGUCAUUCUGCCAGUGAACCGGUUAGUCUUGAUCUUCAAUCGGCGACGGGUUCACUUGAUGUCCCACAGUCGGAUCACUUGACAUCUACUGUCACAGACUCGAGGAUCACCAGCACGACCACCACAGUCAGUGCCGCAUUUGUGACUACUACUACUACCACGGACGCUGUGCGUUCCCAGACAGCGAUCACAGCUUCAGCGUUGUUGCAAAGACCGUGGGCUGAUCGUCUGCUUGCCGCCGCUCGGUCCCAGCAAGACAAUACUCGUGAUAAUGCUCAGGCUAUUUUGGAAGAUCACUGUUCCCGCAUUUGGGCUGCAUCAGCCGAUCGUACACCGAACAGCAGUAGCAGUAGUGGCGGUGGGGUUGGUGGUGGUGCAGGUGGCGCCGAUGGUGGUGGUGGUGGCGGCGGCGGUGUGGAAUCCAUCGCAGACAGCGGUGAUGGCGCUCCCUUUGGACGGGAUUCCAAUGAAUUUACUCAAUUGGCACAACAAAAGCACGCUGAAAUGGGUUCAUUCGAUAUUCCUUUACGGGGCACGGUUUGUCCGCCUCGUUUGUCCGAGUCCGCUUCCACAGAUCGACGAACGGGUCCGACUCCGGAAACACUGUCACACUUUGGUACAGAUGGUAUGAGACCUUUAAGUGUCCAAGAGACAGGCGGCAGGGUGCUCAACUCAUUGGAGUGA